AUGCCGUCUCAAUCCCCGCUGCCUGCGGGCUCCAAACUCUGGCUACUCGACCUCGGCAGCCUCGACAUCGACGCCUCGUACGUCCUGUCCGGAGCGAACGCCCGACGCGGUGCGGCGGCGGUCGUUCAUGAGAGCCGACCCUGCCUGAUGAUCGCCGCGCUCCUCUACCACCCAACCGCGGGCCUCCUGCUGUUCGACACCGGCGCGUGCGAGGACAUCAUCAAGUCCUGGGAUCGGGAGUUCCUGGAGUGCGCCCCGCGCGUCUGGGUGCAGGGAACCCACUCGCUGCCAGCCGCGAUCCGAGCCACGGGAGCCGGCGAGAUCACCGAUGUCCAAGCCGUCGUCCUGAGUCACCUGCACCUGGACCAUGCGGGAGGGCUGGAACAUUUCUUGGGAACAGAUGUUGAGAUUUGGUGCCAUGAAACCGAGCUGAAGAACGCCUUCUGGGCCGCGGCGACCGGCCUCGACAGCGGGCUCUUCCGGCCGGAGUACCUGCGGGCCGACCUCCUGAAUUGGAAGACCGUGGCCGAGGAGGUGGUGGAGCCCUGGGCUGGCGUGGUCCUGCAUCGCUGCCCGGGCCACACGGAAGGGCUGCUGCUGGCGGAGUUGACGCUGCCGGUGGCGGGCACCGUGGUGCUGACCGGCGAUCUCUUCCACGUCAAGGAGAACUAUGAGGAGGGCCGGCCCCAGGGAUUCCUGAUGCGGGAUUACAACAUCUGGCACCGGAGCAGAGACUAUGCGCGGAGAUUGGUGCACCGCACCAACGCCAAGGUCUGCCUCGGCCAUGAGAAGAGCUACUUCGACCAGUUCCCCCGAAGCCCCGAUUUCUUGACCUGA